CAGGAGAAUAAGUUUCUACAGACUUCAACUGAACAAGCCAAAGGCGAACCGGCUCACAAAUAGCCAGUGCCUGGGGAGUGACUUUGGUAAUGCACCUCUGACGUCAUUUCCGCCUGGAGAGGGCGGGCGCUAGGGAUUAAAGGCCAGCGCUGCGAAGUUUGAAUAAACUAGUCUUGAAAUGGCUUACCGACUGCGUGUUGUUAUUUCAGCACUGUGUGUAGCACAUCGCUAUAUUGGUGACCCUGACGGUCCAAAUGGGAUUUGGACCAAAGAGGACCGACUCUUCAUCUGUUCAUGCAGUUUCGCUAAAACUGCUGACUUUCUGGACGCUGCGACCACGCGUGUGGUUUAGCCAAGCAAAAGCCCAGUUCUAGAUUCAGCAGAUAUCCUCUGAUUCUACGCGUUACUACCACGUGGUGAACGCCUUUGACCAGGAGACGGGAGCCCAGGUUGUGGAUUUCAUUCGGUCGCCCCUGGAAGAAGGCAAAUAUGAAGCUUUCAAAGCGCUGCUCAUUGAGACCUUUGGCCUGUCACGGCGUGAGCGAGGUGCCUGCCUGCUUCACCUGGACAGUUCAGGAGACAGGCUGCCGUCAGCAUUGAUGAACGAGAUGCUGUCCCUGGCUGACAGACAGAAGCCCUGCCUCAUGUUCGAGCAAGUGUUCCUAGAGCAAUUGCCCGAGGACACACAUCUGCUGCUGGCCGAUGCAGAUUUCAGUGACCCCGGAAGGUGGUGGCCUGGGCAGAUGUGCUGUGGAAAGCCAAGAGGGAGAGCGUGGCGUCCGUCGGUCAGAUUACCAGGCCACGUGCCCAACAGCAGACCAGACCAGGCCCGGCAGGGGGGCGCACACAACACAGAGGCAGGAGUGAGGAGGCCAGUGAACAGUGGUGUUUCUACCACCAGCGGUGGGGCACAAAAGCCCGCCGUUGUCACCUGCCCUUCAAGAGCCAGGGCCAGCUGCCGCUAAUGACUAUGGCAGCUGGCCACCAGGACAGCCUCUUGUACGUCUGGGACAAACAGUCGGGACGCCGCUUCUUGGUUGACACUGGAGCGGAGAUCAGCUUCUUGCCCCUGACGGGGUACGACAUCCGCAACAGGAAGCCAGGACCCACUCUGAGGGCCACAAACGGCAGCACAAUACGGACCUACAGCACCUGCACAGUGCAGCUACAGUUCAGUGCCAGCCGGUUCACGUGGGACUUCACACUGGCCGUGGUGGCCCAACUACUCCUGGGGGCGGACUUCUUGCGAGCUCACAGCCUGCUGUCAACUUGCAAGGGAAAAGACUGGUACAUGCCGAGACUUUCCAGACGUUCUCCCUGGGUGAAGUCAAGUUGCUGGCCCCACACUUGGACUCCAUCACGCUGUUGGACAACAAAUUCACCAGAAUCCUGGCGGACUUUCCAUCGAUUCUGGCACCGCAGUUCACAGCAGCCAUGCCCAGACACGGGGUACAGCACCACAUCCCAACCCAGGGACCACCCCUCCACGCCCGUGCACGAAGGCUCCCCCCGGAAAAGCUCUGCCUGGCAAAGGAGGAGAUCAAGAGGAUGGAGGAAUUGGGGAUCGUACAGAGGCCCUACAGCCCAUGGCUCCCUCCUGCACAUGGUUCCAGAGACUAAUGGAUGCGGUGGGACGCGACCUGGACUUUGCGUUCAUCUAUUUGGACGACAUCCUUAUAGCCAGCAGUUGUCGUCAGGAGCAUCUGUACCACCUCCAGCAGCUCUACUCCUGCCUGAGUGUUUUCGGCCUCACGAUCAACCCAGCCAAAUGCCAGUUUGGUCUCAAUACCAUCAACUUCCUGGGCCACAGGAUUACUAAAGACAGGGCAACACCUGUGCCCGCCAAGGUAGACGCAAUCCGCCACUUUGCCCGGCCCAACACGGUCAAAGGUCUGCAGGAGUUCGUUGGUAUGGUGAACUUCUACCACCAUUUCCUCCCCUCAGCAGCCCGUAUCAUGCGCCCUUUGUACACCCUGACGUCGGGUAAAGGCAAGGACAUUACUUGGGAUGAGGAGGCUGUGGCCGCUUUUGUUAAAGCCAAGGAAGCCUCUGCAGAUACUGCGAUGCUGGUGCACCCCAGAACGGAUGUUCCAACCGCCCUCACGGUGGACGCAUCUGACACAGCAGUCGGUGGGGUGCUGGAGCAGCUCAUCGAGCGGCACUGGCAAUCUUCACCAAGCACCUACGACCACCCAAACUCAAGUACAGUGCUUUCGACCGGGAGCUGUGGGCACUGUAUCUAGCAAUCCAGCAUUUCGGGUACUUCUUAGAAGGCAGGCCGUUCAGAGUUCACUGACCACAAACUGUUGACCUUCGCAUUCAUGAAGGUGUCCGAUCCCUGGUCGGCUCGCCAGCAGCAACAUCUGUCCUACAUCUCCGAGUACACGACGGACAUCCAGCAUGUCUCGGAAGGACAACGUUGUGGUGGACGUACUCUCCAGACCAGCUAUCCAGGCCCUGUCCCUGGGGGUGGACUAUGUAGCACUGGCGGAGGCGCAGCAGGCAGACAACGAGAUGCCCAGCUACAGGACUGCAGUCUCGGGUUUGCAGCAAGACUUUCUCGUAGGCCCAGGUGGUAGGACCCUCCUAUGCGACGUGGCUACCGGCCAACCUCGCUCCAUCGUCCCGGCAGCCUGGAGGCGGCGAGUUUUCGACUCCAUACACGGUUUGGCGCACCCAUCUAUCAGGACAAACGUCUGGCUGGUCGCCAGCAAGUUCGUGUGGCACGGACUUCACAAGCAGGUCAGUGAAUGGGCCAGAACAUGCGCACAGUGCCAAACAGCCAAGGUGCAGCGGCACACUAAAGCCCCAUCGCAGCAGUUUGAACCCACCCACUGGAGGUUCGACCACAUUCAUGUGGAUAUCGUGGGCAUGCUAUCAAUGUCCUGAGGAGCGCGGUACCUCCUAACUAUGGUAGACCAGUUCAUGAGGUGGCCAGAGGCGUUCCCCCUCACCAACAUAUCUGCUGAUUCCUGCGCCCGAGCACUGAUCACAACCUGGGUAGCACGCUUCAAGGUACCGGCCCACAUUACCUCUGACAGAGGCGCCCAGUUCACCUCCAGCCUGUGGUCGGCUGUGGCCAGCCUGUUGGGAACGUAGCUACACACAACUGCCUACCACCCACAGUCGAACGGACUGGUGGAACGCUUCCACCGUCACUUGAAGUUGGCUCUCAUGGCCCGCCUGAGAGGACCUAACUGGGUGGACGAGCUUCCCUGGGUCCUGCUUGGAAUUCGCACAGCACCCAAAGAGGAUCUGCAUGCCUAGUCGGCCGAGUUGGUGUACAGCUUGCCCCUGGCCAUCCCAGGAGAGUUCAUACCAGCCCCAAGGGGGCAAGAGGAAGAACCCACAGCAGUCCUAGACAGGCUACGCGAAAGGCUCAGCAACCUGGCCCCCGUACCAACUUCACAGCACGGAAGGACCCCGACCCAUGUACCCAAAGACCUGCAGAACUGUAAGUUUGUGUUUGUACGAAGGGCGGAUACCGGGUACUGCUACAGUGGCCGUACGAGGGGCCAUUCAAGGUGAUCAACAACAACGGGUCCACGUACAUUCUGGGCAUUGGGGGGAAAGAGGAGGUUUUCACGGUGGACCGACUCAAACCAGCCCAAGUGGA